ACCAACCUAAACGUUGGUAGAGAAAAAAGAAAAUUGCAAUGAGAUCUUCCUCCAGGAUGGGGCCUUCAGCCCAUCUCACUUGCGCUCUAGGCGUUAUCAUCAUGGCAACAAUGGUUGCUGCAUAUGAACCAUACAGCUUGCCACCACUCCCGUCAUAUUCAUAUUCGCCAUCUCCGGUAGAAUACAACACCCCUCCGCUACCAUAUAUCCACAGUUCUUCACCACCGCCACCACUAUACUAUUCUCCAUCACCAAAGGUCGAUUACAAAUCACCUCCUCCACCGUAUGUAUACAGUUCCCCACCACCGCCAUACUACUCUCCAUCACCUAAAGUUGACUACAAAUCUCCCCCACCACCAUAUGUCUACAGUUCUCCACCACCACCACCAUAUUACUCACCAUCUCCUAAAGUCGAGUACAAGUCUCCCCCACCACUAUAUGUAUACAGUUCUCCACCACCACCUCCAUACUAUUCUCCAUCGCCAAAGGUAGAGUACAAGUCUCCACCACCACCAUAUGUCUAUAGUUCUCCACCACCACCACCAUAUUACUCACCAUCUCCUAAAGUCGAAUACAAGUCUCCCCCACCACCAUAUGUAUACAGUUCUCCACCACCACCUCCAUACUACUCUCCAUCACCAAAGGUAGAGUACAAGUCUCCACCACUACCAUAUGUCUACAGUUCUCCACCACCACCACCAUAUUAUUCACCAUCUCCUAAAGUUGAGUACAAGUCUCCCCCACCACCAUAUGUAUACAAUUCUCCACCACCACCUCCUUACUACUCUCCAUCACCAAAGGUAGAUUACAAAUCUCCUCCACCACCAUAUGUCUACAGUUCUCCACCACCACCACCAUACUACUCACCAUCUCCUAAAGUUGAAUACAAGUCUCCUCCACCACCAUAUGUUUACAGCUCCCCACCACCACCACCAUACUACUCACCAUCUCCUAAAGUUGAAUACAAGUCUCCUCCCCCACCAUAUGUAUACAGUUCUCCACCACCACCAUAUUACUCACCAUCUCCUAAGGUUGAAUACAAGUCUCCUCCACCACCAUAUGUUUACAGCUCCCCACCACCACCACCAUACUACUCACCAUCUCCUAAAGUUGAGUACAACUCUCCUCCACCACCAUAUGUUUACAGCUCUCCACCACCACCAUACUAUUCACCUUCUCAUAAGGUGUACUACAAGUCUCCUCCACCACCAUAUGUCUACAACUCUCCUCCACCACCAUACUACUCACCUUCCCCUAAGGUUUACUACAAGUCUCCUCCACCACCGUAUGUCUACAGCUCGCCACCACCACCAUAUUAUUCUCCAUCUCCUAAGGUUGUAUACAAGUCUCUUCCUCCACCAUAUGUUUACAACUCUCCACCACCACCAUACUACUCACCUUCCCCUAAGGUGUACUACAAGUCUCCUCCACCACCAUAUGUGUACAACUCUCCACCACCACCAUACUACUCACCUUCUCCUAAAGUUUACUACAAGUCUCCUCCACCACCAUAUGUAUACAGCUCGCCACCACCACCAUACUACUCUCCAUCUCCUAAGGUUGUAUACAAGUCUCCCCCUCCACCAUAUGUUUACAGCUCACCACCACCACCAUAUUAUUCACCUUCUCCUAAGGUACAUUACAAGUCUCCUCCACCACCGUAUGUUUACAGUUCUCCACCACCACCAUAUGUCUAUAGCUCUCCACCGCCACCAUACUAUUCACCAUCCCCUAAAGUUCUUUACAAAUCUCCACCACACCCACAUGCAUGUGUCUGCCCACCACCUCCUCCAUGUUAUGCUCCUUCACCAAAAGUAAUAUACAAGUCUCCUCCUCCACCAUAUGUUUACAACUCUCCGCCACCACCAUAUUACUCACCUUCUCCUAAAGUGUACUACAAGUCUCCUCCACCACCAUAUGUCUACAACUCUCCACCUCCACCACCAUACUACUCUCCAUCCCCUAAAGUAGACUACAAGUCUCCUCCACCUCCAUAUGUUUACAGUUCUCCACCACCACCAUACUACUCACCUUCCCCUAAGGUGUACUACAAGUCUCCUCCACCACCAUAUGUCUACAACUCUCCACCACCACCAUAUUACUCACCUUCCCCUAAGGUUUACUACAAGUCUCCUCCACCACCAUAUGUCUACAACUCUCCACCCCCACCACUAUACUACUCUCCAUCCCCUAAAGUAGACUACAAGUCUCCUCCACCUCCAUAUGUCUACAAUUCUCCACCACCACCUUAUUAUUCUCCUUCUCCAAAAGUUGAAUAUAAAUCUCCACCACCACCAGCUACAUAUUACUGAAAACCAGUAAAUGUGACCCUUAAAUGAGCAAUUGAAUGUUAUUUGAUUUCAUAUUUGAUUUCUUUUCUUGUUGUAACAUGCAUGUAUCCAAUCAAUUUCAAUUUUCUUGGAAUAUCUUAAUAAUUUGGUUACAAGUCCUUCAUAUGGUUUUGUGUGUGUUAUUUAUCUACAUAGUGAACUUUUCAGA